AGGCAGCAGAAGCUGAGGGCGCACAUCCAGGAGUGCCAGGAGAAGGCAAAGGCUUUCGAUCGCCAGAUCGGCGAGAAAACGAAGAGGCGAGACAAGGUCUUGCCCCCUGGGCCCACGUGUUUGUAUUUUCUCGAGAUGCGGUUCUUCAUUGUCUUGUCUGCGGUCGUCAUCGUGUGGAACAUGGUCACCAUGGUCAAGGAAGCCGUGGAAGCCGAGUCCGCCGACCGCCUUUUCUGGCUGGAUCAGUUCUUCAUGGUCUUCUACAUCGUCGAGCUCGUCCUGCGGGCUGCGCUGUACCAGGGGCAGUUCCUCUGGGGAAGCCCCGCGGACGUCUGGGGCAACUGGCUCGACCUGGUCGUCGUCUCGAGCGGCGUCCUGGACAUGUACCUGCUGCCGCGGUUUGAACAUAAGCGACGGGAAUAA